AUGUCAUCAUCCUUUUACCACGGUAGCCCUAGAAUUGAGGAUGAACGUCAUAUCAACUCCUCAAUUCGAUGCCAAUGUGGUAUGUUAGCAAAAAGUAUGACUUCGUGGACGCAAUCAAACCCUGGAAGACGGUUUUAUACGUGCCAUAAUUCAUUGGAUAAAAUAAGAAGGUGUGGUUUCUUCCGUUGGAUUGACCCUGAGUUGCCUAACAAACGGUACAAAGCCAUCAUGUAUGAUCUACAUAUGAGGUUAAAGUCAAUAGAAAAGUAG